GGGCAGAUGUGAUCAGUUUUGAUGGCCUUGGUGUGAUCUCCUACCGCUUCAGGAGUAAGAAGAUAAAGAUUGUGAAGGAUUUGAUCUCUCUUAAGUUCAGAACCACAGCUGGAGCCGGGGUCCUGCUCCACGGAGAGGGACAGCAGGGGGACUACAUCUCUUUGGAGCUGCGCAGGGCCAGACUGCAGCUAAGCCUCAACCUAGGAAGUGACCAGUGUGGUUCCAUCCAGGGUCACACAUCUGUGACCAGUGGGAGCUUACUAGAUGAUGACCACUGGCACUCAGUCGUCAUAGAGCGCUACCGAAGGAAUGUUAACUUCACACUCGACCAUCACACUCAGCAGUUCAGGACCAAUGGAGAGUUUGACCACCUGGACCUGGACCAUGAGAUCAGUUUCGGGGGGCACCCUGUUUCAGCAAAGCCCAGCUCCGGAGGUGUAGAUAACUUUGUGGGCUGCAUGGAGGGAAUCACCUACAACGGAGACAACAUCACCAACCUGGUCCGCAGGAAGAAGGUGGACACCUCCAGCUUUCGUAACCUGACAUUUUCUUGUGCUGAGGCCAACUCCUUCUCUGUCUUCUUCAACUCCACGUCCUUCCUGCGGCUGCCGGGUCAGACUGACAGCGACACGCUGUCCGUCAGUCUGUCGUUCAGGACUUGGAAUCCCAACGGGCUGCUGAUGUUCACCGCACUAGCUGAUGGCUGGGUGGAGGUGGGACUGACGGAGGGCAAGGUCACCGUUUACAUGAAUGUCACACAGAAGAAGAACAUGCGUAUUGACAUCUCAUCAGGCUCAGGUCUGAACGAUGGCCAGUGGCACAGUGUCCAUCUGAAUGCUUUGGAGAACUAUGCUAUGCUGACAGUUGAUGGAGACGAGGCCUCCACAGUGAGAACAGCCAUCCCAAUCCAGAUCCAGACUGGAGGAACCUACCACUUUGGAGGAAACGUUCUGCACGGCAACACUCGAUCCCUUCAGCGCUCCUUUCAGGGCUGCAUGCAGAUGAUCCACAUAGACGACCAUCUGGCUGACCUCAGGGCUGUGGAGCAGGGCCUCAUUGGAACAUUUGAAAAUGUCAGCCUGGAUAUGUGUGCUAUUAUAGACAGGUGUGUUCCUAAUUACUGUGAGCACGACGGGCGCUGUUCUCAGACGUGGGAUACAUUCAGCUGCAACUGUAGUGGCACAGGAUACACUGGAGCCACCUGCCAUACAUCCAUGUAUCAACAGUCCUGUGAGGAGUAUCAGCACCAGGGGAAGAGCUCAGGGAGCUUCUGGAUUGACCCAGACGGCAGUGGAUCUAUCGCCCCCUUCAGAGUCCACUGUGACAUGACAGAGGGAAAGGUUUGGACGAUGCUGAAGAACAACCUCUCUCCUCAGACAUCAGUCACCAGCUCAGAGCAGGAGGGGAAGGCAGUGCUGCAGAUCACUUACAAUGUGACUGAUGAACAGCUGCUGUCAGUGUCCAGCAGUGCAGAGUACUGUGAGCAGUACGUGGGCUACGCCUGCAGGAUGUCCCGCCUGCUCAACACUCCAGAUGGUGCCCCUUAUACCUGGUGGGUAGGAAGAGCCAAUGAGAGGCAUUCUUACUGGGGGGGCUCAGGACCAGGCAUACAGAAGUGUUCCUGUGGUAUCGAACACAACUGUACUGACGCCAAACACUACUGCAACUGUGACGCUGACCUGCGCUCAUGGAGGGAGGAUUCAGGCCUGUUGGUGUAUAAGGACCACCUGCCGGUCAGUCAGGUUGUGGUUGGUGAUACGAGCAGAGCUGGAUCUGAGGCCAAAUUGACUGUAGGGCCACUCAAAUGCCAGGGGGACUGGAGCUUCUGGAAUGCAGCGUCCUUCAGCAGCCCGGCCUCCUCCCUCCGCUUCCCGUCCUUCAGAGGAGAGACCAGCACCGAUAUAUCCUUCUACUUCAAGACCUCCUCCACCCGUGGAGUCUUUCUAGAGAACCUAGGAACAACCAGCUUCCUUCACAUUGAACUCAGAGGUGUGUGUGUCUGUCUGUUUGUGUAA